CCAUUUAUUAUCACUUCAAACUGUGUCUUUCUCUCUCUAUUCUCUGACUCCACUCCUUCUCUCUCUCUCUCACUCUCUCAAUUCCCGAAAAUUUUCCCGUUUAGCUUCACCUUCUCUGUGACUGUGAUUAUCAAUUCAAUUGCUUCUUCAACUAAGCCUCUUUCUUUCACAGUGUAAAAAAAAAGUGCUUUUUCGGUGGGUGCUUGCUUCUUCCCUUUCACUCUACUCAAAUGCUUAGCUGACCCAACUCGUUGUCUCAACGUUUACUGUCUUGAACCAAGACGAAUGAUGUUGUGUGAUCCAUAUAGCUGAUCUCACCUAGUCGGAUAAGGUUCUUGUUGUGUCUUGAAAGUUGACUGAAUUCUGAUUUGAAAAUGGGAGUUGAAAAAGAAGGAACAAAAAGUGGAGGAGGUUAUGCUGGUGGUUUUUUCCAGUUGUUUGAUUGGAGCUCAAAAUCCCGUAAGAAAUUAUUUGCAGCCAAGUCAGAUUUACCAGAGUCUUUAAAACAGGGAAGAAAAGUCGAUUACAAUGUGGCAAUGACACAGCCCUCCUAUCUGGUUGAUGACGAUGAAAUUGGAGUAGGGGCAAGUGUUAGAGGAAGUUGUGAUCAUAGUUAUGCUUCAUCUGUUACUGAUGAUGAAGCAUAUGGAACAAGAGCCCCUAGUGUUGUUGCCAGGCUUAUGGGUUUAGAUUCCUUGCCUACUUCCAGUUUUUCUGAUCCUUAUUCUACCCCAUACUUUGAUACCCGAUCCCUUCAAGACUCUCAUGACUUCAAGAAAAACCUUCGUCACCAGCAUGACCAUCAUACCCCAUAUUCUGGAAAGCUGCUUGAAAAGGUUGAGAGCUCUUCUAGGAACUUCAUGGAGCCAAAGCCGCAAAAGGCCAUUACCAGGCCAAUUGAAAAGUUCCAAACUGAAGUAUUGCCUCCAAAAUCAGCUAAAUCAAUUCCUGUUACACACCAUAAACUCUUGUCCCCUAUUAAGAAUCCUGGCUUUGUUCCUACCAAUAAUGCGGCUUAUAUAAUGGAGGCUGCGGCAAGAAUUAUUGAGCCUGGAUCCCAAGUUAGUACCAAGUUCAAGACACCGCUGAUAGCAUCAUCAACACCAUUGAGAGUUAGAGAUCUUAAAGAUAAGGUGGAGGCUUCACAAAAAGAACCUCUAAUUGGGCCAUCUUCCAUGACCUCUAGAACUCGAGAUCUGAAAGAGAAAAGAGAAAUUACUCAUAGAACAACCAGGACCUCAGAAUCUUCUCAAAGAUCAGUCGAGUCAAAUGCUGCCAAGUAUCUAAAGGGACAGUCUUUGAACAGAAGCUGGAAUGGAUCUGCGGAUACAUCUGUAUCCGUCAAAUCUCCUACAAACGAGGAAGAAGAUUCUUCUUUGAAGAAUAAGGGGAAGUCCAUUUCACUUGCAAUCCAAGCAAAAGUGAAUGUUCAAAGAAGGGAAGGUUUGAGUUUGACUGGGGGCAGAAGUUUGACAGGCCAGAAAGAGCAUCCUGAUGUUAAAUCCAACCAACCAAUGAAGGCAAGUGUUCAGAAAAAUUUACACAAGAAAUCUUCUGGUGCUCUUAGACAGAAUAAUCUGAAACAGAAUUAUUCAAUUGACAAAGACAAAUUACCAUCAAAGCCAUUGGUUACCAAUUCAAACAGUAGGAAAGUUCUGACUGGGGAUUCCUCUUAUGGACGCCAUAGAAGCUCUAGUAAUAAAUCCAAUGCAAAACCUAAAGUUGGAUCCAGAAAGUCAGCCAUGGAGGUGACAGAUAGUGAAAAGGAGGUCUUGUAUACCAGCACAAACAGUUUUCCUAGAAAGAAAAGGUCUACAGACAAGGACUGGAAUGAUAGGGUUGUGGAUAAUUUGUUCAUUGAAAAAAUGCAGAAGCCUGCUAAGUCUAACCUAGUGAGUAAUAAGCAAAAUAGUUGGACUGAAGAAGUCAAAAAGAAAGACAUGGAUGUAGUUUCCUUCACAUUUACCACACCAUUAACAAGAAGCAAUCCAGGUUUUGAGACAUCUGGACAAGCUGGCCAGAAUACUAAUGGCCUUUCCUUGGAUCAACGCAUUAAAAGAGUGUUACUCGACCCAGACAAUACAAAGUCUCCAAUAGGAUACAAUAUAAUUGGUGGCGGUGAUGCCUUAGGUAUCCUUUUGGAACAGAAGUUGAGGGAAUUGACUAAUAUGGAAACCACUUGUCAUGACUCUUCUAAAGUGAGGCAACCUGCCAUUACUGCACCAAUUUCAGAUGAUCAAGUAACCAGCCAUAAUGUAGUUAAUCUCAAUCCGAGGUUGCAACAGAAAAAAGACCAAGGUGUGUUAUUUUCAGACAAGUUAAGCAGUAACUAUGAUUCAAACAUCUUCUUCACUGGUCCUCCUGAACUGUCAUUGAAGCAUAACUCAUGGAUUGAUGAGAUGGAAUCACAGUUACUCAAUUGCCGACACCCAAGUCCAAUCUCUGUUCUUGAGCCUUCUUUUUCAAUGGAAAGCUGUGAAUCUUCAUUGAGCACAGAUAUUACUAGUACAGAAGGAAGCAAGUUAAGCUCAUCUGUUCAAGCUCACGAAGUUCAUGGUUUGAAUUUUUCACGGAAGUUCUAUCCUUGUGAAUCUGAUACUGAGUUAUCUGAUUCAGCUUCUUCCACAUCAGCUGGGAACCCGAUGAGGAAGCGCACAAGUACAUGUUCUGUCACGAGGUUUGGAAGGUCAAGCACAUGGGAGUUGGACUACGUGAAAGAUAUAGUGUGUAAUGUUGAGUUGAUGUAUAUAGACUUUUCCCUUGGCCAAGCUAGCGAGGUUAUAAACCCUCAUCUAUUCAAACAGUUGGAAGGGUGCAAGGGAGGGUUUAAGCGCGGUGACGAAUCUAGGAUGGCAAGGAAAGUUACAUUUGAUUGUGUGAGUGAAUGUCUGGAUUUGAGAUGCAGGCGUUAUGUAGGGGGAGGAUACAAAAUGUGGAUCAAAGGGUUUGAAAUGGUGAAAAGAAAAGAAUGGUUGGCAGAAGAUGUGUACAAGGAGAUCUCAGAUUGGAGUGGAAUGGGAGACUCAAUGGUAGAUGAGCUUGUGGACAAGGACAUGAGCAGCCAAUAUAGAAGAUGGCUAGAGUAUGAGGUUGAUGCUUCUGAACUCGGAUCAGAGGUUGUGGACCAAAUAUUUAAUUCUUUGGUUGAUGAUGUUGUGACUGAAAUGUUGCAAUUGUAAACACCUUAAUGAUUGAUUUUUUGCGGCUGAUUAAUUAUGAAGAAUUAUCUUCUUAUUGAUUAAUUAAAGAAGUAGGCAUUAUCAAGUCUUUUUUAGUAGUUUCUUUUGGGUGAUAGAAGCUGCUGCUUUCCCCUUGGCAUAUAUGAAUGACUUGAUAAA